AUGGCUGUGGGACCGUUCUCAGAAUACGAGCAGCGCUUCCUGCUCACCGAAAUCCUCAAGACAUCGAACACCCCCAUCGACGCGCUCUUGAGCGUACUCAGAGAGCAGAACUUUGAUCCGAUCUGGGAGGAUGUUGGUCUACCUGCUGGUCGCAGUAUGAACAGCUGUGCUGCCGAGCUGGCAAAGCUCAACUCCAGCAGACUCAGCGGCGACUCGAACCCCGACAGCGUCAAGCAGACCUCUCGUGGAAUCAAGCGUACCCUCUCAGCAAGCGCAUUCUACGGCCCUGCAACCCCCGCGACCAAGGCCCGUGAGAUAAAGCCAAAGCCAGCUGCAGCCUCGAACGGAGCCGACAAGCCAGUCACAUCUACUCCUGCCACAGGCUCGGCCAGAAAACGCGGCAGACCGAGCAAUGCCGAGCUCGCGCAACGCGCAAAGGAAGCUUCGGAGCGUGGGGAGGCCGAGAAGGGAGUCUAUGCCACGAAGCCCAAGUCAAUUAGUGAUCAGUCCGUAGGAGAAGCCUCCGCGCCCGGCUCAGAGCCCCCAGCCAAGCGCGGACGCGGCAGGCCUCCGAAGAACAAGGCUCCCGUGGCAAAUCCCGGUGUCGAUGUCGAGGAGAGUAAGCCGUCAGAGGCGGAUACGGAUGUAGCCGGUCCCGCGGACCCUGAACCUGAACCUGUAGUGAACGACACCCCACAAGACGACGCAACCACCAAAGAGACUCGCGAGAACCUCGAAGUCGUAGCCCGUGCCGCCUCUGCCACUGUCUCUGAAGCUCUUACACCGCAGCCCCCCAUCGCCCCUUCCAACCCACCAGUACCAACCUCCGCUUUCAAGAAAAUCUUCGGCCUAGGCAGCCAUCCAGCAACCACCCAGGCGCCUCCCCCCGAGCAGGCUAUAGGGGCGGCGGCGCACUAG